AUGGUCAAGUGCGCUGCUUGUGGCAAAUUCAUGGCUACUUCAGAUGGCGUUGCGUGUCACAGGUGCUCUGCUAUUCACCACCGCGCAUGCGUGGGUUUGCCUGCCGUCGGACAGGUGGCGCUUACCUGGGUUUGUCCAGAAUGUAAAGCUAAGGAGCCGAGACAAAGUAAUCUGGCCACCCCUGUACGUGGUAUACAUGCGGAUUGCACGUCGAGAAGUGAUGACCUGCUAUCACACAAUAUGUCACUAGACGACACCGCUCACAAUAUUACAGAGGAGUUUACAACUCAGGAAUGGGCACUUGAAUUUAGAUUGUUCCGUACAGAGAUGCAAGCUGCGAGAUCGGAGAUGCAGGUACUUCGACAGGAAAUUACUGAAUUGAAGAACACUAUUAGCCAAUGUAAUAGCAGAAUGGAUUCUAUCGAAGACAGGGUUCUGAGCUUGGAGAAAAGAGUGGAGCAGACAGCUGUUAUCGAUACGACUGGUUUACAAAGUACUAUAGUACAGUUACAGGAAGAGAUUGCUGAAAAAGAAAGAAGCGAGCUUCUCAAUGACGUAGAAAUAUCUGGGGUCCCUGAAUUCGAAGCUGAGUCGGUGGAACAUAUUAUCAUCACGGUGGCUGCCAAAUUGGGUAUAAGCAUGGACGAGCGUGACAUCGUCAGUGCCUCGCGCGUGGGUCUACGACGGGGUACAUCUACCGGCGGUGACGCAACUGAAGGGGUGCCACGCCCGCGCCCGCUUGCCGUCAGACUAACACGACGUCUCCUUCGAGAUCAGCUCCUGCGAGCCGCACGGGUACGCAGACAUGCGUCUACUGCUGAUAUGGGUUUGCCCCAGCAUGAACCGCAGCGCCUAUAUGUCAAUGAACGACUUACAAAAACAAACCGCAGCUUAUUUGGGAGGGCGCGCGAGGCUACCAGGCGACAGAGAUGGCGAUUUGUCUGGACCAGGAAUGGCCGGGUAUAUGUUAGGCGCGAUGUACUUUCUCCUGUUCACACGAUUCGUCAGCAGGCAGAUAUAGAUCGCAUUUUUAGUACCGAUGCCUCACCUGUAUACAUUCAAUAA